CAACUGUCAUCGGAAUGCUUCCUUUACUUUCCCUGAUCGCAGUGUCUUCCAUAGGACAUCAUGGAAGACCACACCACGGGAGCCCUCGUUGAUCGGGAUGAGGCCCUACCUGUAAUCGCCGGGACGCAGGAAAAUGACCCGAGGGCAACUAUUUCCGGAGAUCUCAAGCAAGCAGCGUUCAAGGCCGGCCGCUCACUACAAGACAGGCUCUUCUCCAAGAUACUAGAGCAAGUGAUGCCUAUGGAAGAUGUCAGCGCCGAAGCGCUGUCCACCAGCGACAAGCCAAACUCCACUGAUAAUAAGCGGCCAGCUUUCAGCCUUCCGCUAAUGGCCAAUAACUUUCGUCGAUUCAACGCAAGAAUUGGAAUUGUCUUCCUGUUUCAGACCCGUGUUGAACGUCUGCUCAGUUGGAACAAGCCCUCUCAUACGCUGUCCUUUCUCUUCAUCUACUCCUUCGUCUGUCUGGAUCCUCACCUUCUCAUCAUCAUUCCGUUGGCAGUCGUGUUGUUUUUUAUUAUGGUGCCUGCCUUUCUGGCACGUCAUCCUCCGCCACCCUCAACAUCUACAUCCAGUAUCACUCCUUACUAUUCCUAUCAAGGCCCGGCACUUGCUCCUGCAAAGACGAUCAAGCCCGCUUCAGAGACUUCCAAGGACUUCUUUCGAAAUAUGCGAGAUCUACAAAAUUGUAUGGCAGACUUUUCUGACGUGCACGACGCGACAGUCUCUGCGUUCGCCCCCCUGACAAACUUCUCCAAUGAGAAGCUUUCCUCGGCGGUUUUCCUGUCAUGUACCCUUGUGACGUCUCUGUUAUUCUUGACGGCUCACCUUCUUCCGUGGAGAUUCAUUUUUCUCGUGGGUGGCGAUGCAGGGAUUCUAUUAUUACAUCCAAGCUUCCAUGACUUCAUUCAGAGUGUUGCGAGUGACGCUCUGGAGCAAAUUCCGGACCAGGGCUCUGUGGCUGGCAAGAAGGAGAAGGAGUCAAUCGACCUCGGUGAGAUGCCAUUGCCUACCUCCUCCCGAGCCGUGACCUUAAUGGGCUCAUUGGCCAAUAUCUCCCUGGACUCUGAUCCUGAGGAGCGGGAGGUAGAAGUGUUCGAGAUUCAAUAUCGCUCCCUCGCUCCUUAUUUCGAAUCCCAAUGGGAACAUUUUUUGUUUAGCCCUAUGCCGUAUGAUCCACUCUCCCCGUCCCGCAUUGCGGGGGACCGCCCCAAGGGCUGCCGAUUCUUCGAGGACGUGCAGGCUCCUACCGGAUGGGCGUGGAAAAGCAAGAAGUGGGAGUUAGAUCUGGACUGUCACGAGUGGGUUGUUGAGCGUAUGAUUACAGGGGUUGGAUUCGAGGUUUCUGGAGGUCUAUCUGAAGGCGGCAGCACAACUGGUGGAGAAAUUGGCGGCUGGGUCUGGGACCUGCCUCCCACCUCCUUCAGAGGCGAUCACGAUGUGGCAUCUACAUCAGGGCAUGAUGAUAUCGACUCGACAGAUCCAUCACGAGCAGAUGAUAAGAAGGUCCAAAGGAAAGGGAAAGAAAGGGCCCCUCUUGACUACGAAGAGCGGGCGAGUACUGGAUCAAACAUAAUGGGAGAGUGGAGACGCAGACGAUGGAUUCGAAUUGUACACCGGGUCAGUAUGCCGACUGCUCAAGAUAAGCAUGAACUGGCCGGCGACGAUGAAACUUAAUCUACAUGGAACUAGGAGGAUUUGUACAGGUCAAUGCAAAGUUGAGACACAAUCCCAUCAUGAUUCAGAUCAGCAAGGUGUAUACAUAAAAUGGCUUCAGUGGAAGAGAAAGAGGCACAUGAUUUUCUAUAGGCUUGACUAAUUUUCUCUGGCAGCUAUGAGCAGGGGGCCGGGGGUUGGUCAGCCUCGCGAUCGCU